CAACAUGAUUGAUAGCAGUGUGGUGGGAACUUUUGGAUAUAUAGCUCCCGAGUAUUUCAUGGAAGGAAGUAACAAAAUUGAUGUGUACUCCUUCGGCAUUGUGCUUCUAGAAUUACUAUCGGGAAGGAGACCGGUUAGUUCAAAAGCUGUGAAUCAACAAGAGAGCUUGAUCCAAUGGGCCAGUGCAUUAUUAGAGAGAAGCAAUCUCCAAGGAUUUGUGGAUCCAGCAUUAGACGGAGAUUUCAACGUUGCUGAAACGCAUAGAAUGCUUCUCGCAGCCACCCUCUGCCUCAAUCAGUUAGAUAUACAUCGUCCAGAAGUGAGCCCGCUAAACACUCAUGCAAUCUGUGCAUCUAAGCCUCCUAUUGAACGGAAUAUCACUCAGAUUCUUUCCAAGCUGAUUCCAAUUUUUUCAGCGGGUGGAGGUCGACAAUCCCCCAUACUAGGACCAAGCCCUGCUUAAUUAGUGAAUUCCAGUGACCGAAAGCCCCUAUAUUUUCAAUCAUUUCUUAUUGCUAUCCUUGUUAAGAGAUAAAUUUCCUGCUUGACUUUAUUUUCACUCAUUUCUCA